GGGUUACACAUGGCCGACCGGUGUUAUAUGCAUGUCCCAGAUUUUAAAACAUAUCAUGUAUCCGGCAGGCCGCCGUUAUAGGGCAUGUAGGGCAUGAGGAUGUUAUGCGGUGUAACAUAAGUACCGGCCGCGUCUACAACAUUACCAUCCAACUGCAUUCGCACGGUACCAAAGCAGACAUACUUAUUCUUAGGUACUACAGAUACUUCCACCUCCCUACCCCCCGCGGGGUAGGCUGUGGCCGUGCUGUCCUCCCUCCAUAUGCAAUUGAAGCAAGGGAUAAUUCAUUUAUUAAUUCCACAUUUACAUAAAGAAGGUAGGUAGGUUGUUACAUUGGCUGCCUUGCACGCCGAUGUCAUGGGGACUUUUCUAUCCCCAAGUAGAAGGGUUUUGCCAUAUAGAUUUAUAAGUUGAUGUCUGAUAGUUGUGAACGCUGGCUUCCAGCCUAUGCGAGAACCAACACUAGAGUCAACGCGCGAGCUAGACCGUGAACAAAAGUCAACUUCAGCAUCAUGACUUCUUCUAUCAGAAUUGCCAUCAUUGGCGGCGGCGUGGCGGGCGCCUCAUUGCUCCAUGCCCUUGUCAAGUCCCCCCAUUUAGAUGUACAUAUCUUUGAGUCAGCCAACGAAUUCAAAGAAGCCGGUAUGGCUUUCGGGAUCGCCCGGAAUGCGCAAUCUGCUCUUCAACUUAUUGGUCCUUCGGCCGUUCGAAGUCUUGAGCAAGCCGGUGCUGUACCAAUGAGGGGUGUUCGGUUCAUGCUGGCCCAAGGUGAAGGGGCAGGGACCUUGGCCGACGAGACCGAUUCGGAUGUUCAUGGAAAAAGUCUCACCAGUAUCGUUCACCGAGCAAACUUUCUACAGGAGCUACUUGCUGGUAUUUCCCACGACCGAAUGCAUGCUUCGAAGAAGCUAGAGAAAGUUGUCCAGGAUGGUUCUGUUACGCUCCACUUCACCGAUGGAACCACACACGAAUGCGAUAUUGUCGUCGGUGCUGAUGGUAUUCACAGCACUGUUCGUAAACUCAUCUUGGGAUCGGAUGUCUCAGCAACUCCCCGAAACAGCGGCGGUUGGUUCCUUAUGACUCUUCAACCAUUCGAAAAGGUCCAGGCUAGCCUUGGUAAAGAGCUUAUAAGUAUCGAGGAUGCCCGCGAAUAUGGUUGGAUUGGCGAAAACGUUUUCUUAAUGCAUAACAUUCUGAGCGACGGCAAGCUGGUACAAUUUGCUAUUGCAUCCAAUGACACGGGGAUCGAGUCCCAGUCGUUGGACAGCUGGCAACGUACCGUAGGCGCUGACGAGAUCAGGAAGCUAUUCCAGGGGUACCCACCUCAUAUCAGAGACGCCGUGUACGAGUUGCUUUGCGAUCAACCCGAACACAAAGCACUAUAUCUUUGGGAGCACCCCAAUGCCCCGACUUAUUCUUCCGGUCCAAUGUGCGUUACCGGUGAUGCUGCCCAUGCGACAACACCAUGGCAUGGUUCCGGCGGCGGUAUGUCAAUUGAAGACAGCCUAAUUCUCUCUACUUUGCUCGGGCGCGCGAAAACACCUGCCGAGGCCCUUGUAGCCUUGAAGGUAUACGAUCGGAUUCGUCGUCCUCGCACACAACGGAUCGUUGAGGCCAGUCGGGUCACGGGCGAUAUAUUAAUGGGGAGGAAUGAGGAAUAUGGAUUGGAUCCGAGGAAAUUCCCAGGGUCGUUUGUCGCGAGGUGGGACUUCAUCAUUGACAUCGAUAUGGAGAAACAUCGCGACGACGCUUUACAGUUGAUGGAAGCUGAGCUGAAGGGAGUGUAAUUGUGACCUAGUUUUCUCUAAUCAAUGGAAGAGUCCUUCACUUCAUAGUGGACUUUUUGUAAUAUUACAAUAAAUACAGACAUCGACUCACUGUAAUUAUGGUACGUAGAGUGUUAUAAUUACAGGUGGUCAUGCACUAAACUCCACUGUAAUGACAGGGCUUAUGGUGGGUGGCUC